AUGGCCUGGUACAAGAGCCUACCAAAUGAAUCUAUUACUUCCUGGAAAGGUCUUGGUCGGCUUUCCUCUCGGAACUUUACUACUUCACGCAGGCACCCCAAAUCUGAAGUCUCCUUGGAAGCCAUCAUCCAGGGCAAAGAUGAGUCACUCGGGGCCUACAUUGAAAGGUUCAACAAAGAGGUCGUGCAAGUGUCAACCACGGCCGAUAUGAAGAAGUACUUGCUGGAACAAGGACUCCGACCUCGUUCCGAUUUCGCCAAAACUGAGAGCAUAGAGACGCCCGCCAAUCUCGAUGCCUUCUUCCUCAAAGCUCUAGCUUAUAUUCAAUACAAAGAAAAUGAAGCUGCCCACACAUCUCGAGACUCCAAGAACAAGGAGAAUACCAAGAGUGCAAGACAGGAAGAGGGAUCCCGCCGAGGAGCCAACAAAAAGAGGGAGGACAAAACUCGUGACGCCCAGGAUUACAAAGGUCCUCCAGGAAAGUUCCGAGACUACACCCCGCUGAGUGCAUCCCGCGAGCAUAUUCUGACGGAAUGUGUCAAUUCAAAAUUCAAGACAAUUGAGGUAUGCUUCCCUAAGCAACUGCCUGCUCAACCCAGCAGGGAAAAAUCCAAGUUCUAUCGGUUCCACAAGAGCCAUGGCCAUAACACAGAAGACUGCAUCCAUCUGAAAGAUGCGAUUAAGAUACUCAUCAAAGAAGUAUCUCAAGCAGUACGCCAAGAAGACGGAAGUUCCCCAAGAAACAAAGACCUUGGCCGAGGAGAAACCCUCUUCCGCCGCCGCCGCUGCUCUUUAGGUUUCCCUGAGUGUUACGCGCAUGCCUGA